CUGACUGAGUCGAGGGGAAGAGGGCAGAGGCGAAAAGAAUUUCCUUCAGUUUUGCAUCCAUGUGAAGUUUGAAAAAAAGAAAAAGAAAAAAAAAACAUCGCCGUCGACCGAACGAGAGAGGAACGACGCGAAUGACACAGGACACGAGGGAUAACUUUGAAUUGGGGAAUUUUAUUCGGCCGAAGUUUGACACAACCGCCCCCAUCCAUGACACAACCGUGUCAUGACGGAACACUUUCCCACGGAAAAUAAAACAAAAAUACAGUCGUCUCGGGCUCCGAAGGAAAGUACACCCCGCGGGAGGAUUUUUUUAAACGAGGCAAAGAGUUUGGAAAAAUGGAACAUACUUCAAGCAAAAAGCUUGUUGAGGAGCGGCAGUUGUGAUUUUUUUCCCUUCUUCUCCUUCUUCUGCAAACACUCCCCAAGAAGAAUAUAACGGACUCUGUGUAGAUGCUUUCACGAUCCCGAAGAGACAAACCGUCUUUUAAUUACACUAAAACGGUUUUAUAAUCAUGUUAUUUGGCUGAAAAGGGUUGAACAAUAGUAAGGGAAGCCCAAUGAGUGGGACACAGACGACGCUCACUGAUAGGACCCCAAGCAUUCUCAACAAGGAUCCUCCAGAGAGGAAGCCAAAGAACGACAAAUGCGUCUCGCUCAGACACGAGUUUGACCCCACUGGCCUUGUCCAGCGGUGCGUGAUAAUCCAGAGAGAUGAAAAUGGUUUUGGGCUGACAGUGAGUGGAGACAACCCAGUGUUUGUGCAGCUGGUCAAGGAAGAUGGAGCUGCAAUGCGGGCAGGCGUCCAGACUGGAGAUAGAAUCAUUAAGGUUAACGGGACCUUAGUAACACAUUCAAACCACACGGAAGUUGUAAAGCUGAUCAAAUCCGGGUCCUACGUAGCGCUCACAGUGUUGGGCAGACCUCCGGGUCUCCCUCAGAUCCACCUGGAGGAGCACGAGGAAGACACGGUGGCUGAGGAAGAAGGCAACGGCCAACAAUCGGCGGAGAACUCGCCAGGCGAGGAUCGACGAGGCCGCGCCUCCUGCAGCCCGGAGGUGCUCCCCCACUCCUCCUUCCUUGACGGGCAUGGAUCCACGGUCUCCAGGAACACCAAAGCUGAGGAAGGGGACGGAAGCGCGUCCUCACCGGGGGACGCCGUUAGCGACGGGCUGGGCAGCAACAGCACCUCGGACACUGGCACCCAGUGCAUUGUGGGUAGCCCACCGUACCUCCUCAACCCACAGAUAAUCGGCGCAGAAGAUGACUACUUUGACUCGCAGCAGGAGCAGAUUAACGGGCAGUGCAGCUGCUUCCAGAGCAUCGACUUGGUCAAGUGUCGGCCCGCGCACCUCGCCGUUUUCCUCCAUCAUGUUGUCUCGCAGUUUGACCCCGCUCCCCUGCUGUGUUUCCUGUACGCCGACAUCCACAAGCAAACCAGCGCCAAAGAAAGCCGGCGAUUCUUCAUGGAAUUUCACUCCCUCUUUGUUGAUCGCACAGCGAAUCUUAAGGUCCCGGUGCCAGAUGCAGUCGCAGCUGAGCUCGAGAAGCGCAGACUGGAGUUAAUCCCAGAAGACGUGUGCAAACAGUGCACGCAAACCCUACAGGACUCGUUGAUGCCGGACUUGCACAAGAACCUGGACGACUUCAGACAGAAGCGCAGCAUGGGGCUGACGCUGGCCGAGGACGAGCUCUCCAGGCUGGACGCGGACGUGGGGAAAGAGCCGCUGUGCUGGGAGAGGGAAUGCUCGUGUGCCGAGCACAUUCUCUCCAAGAUUGAGGACAUCCUAUUAACGUCUCAGCCCACCGAGGAGGAAAAAUGCCAAACGAUGCAGUACGUCAUCCUCACCUACAUGAAGCACCUCGGUGUGAAAGUCAAGGAGCCUCGCGGCCUGGAACAGAAACGAGCGCGUAUCAACUUCCUGCCCAAGAUUAAGAAAAGCAUCAAGCCCGACAAGGAAGGCGAGGAGAAGGCGAAAAAGCCUCGUUUCCCCAACAUACUCGUCCCGCAACGUCGUCUGAGCAGAGUGGAUUCCACUUCAGCGGGCAAGGCCGUGGAGGUGAACAAGCAGCGUUCCCCAAAGCUCCUCCCGCAGGCGGCUUUCGGCAUCCCCGAUCCGCCUGAUUCGUCCCCCUCAAACUCCGGAAGGAUCCGCGGAAAUCACCUCAGCGAGGGUUCCGACGUUUUGAGCGCCUCGUCCACGCACAGCUCGCCCACCGCGUUGGCCUCGGACACCAGCGGGCAAGACUCGGACACCAAUGUCUCUCCGUUCUGCAUCCAGCCCCGACUGAGCGAAGCUUUGGCGUGCGGCGACAACCAAGAUGGCGUCUACAGCCCCACCAGUACGCAGUUUGACUUCAGCCCUUCCAACCUGGAGCACUUACAGGAGGAGGGAGACCACGACGCCUUCAGGAUGGAGGUGCAGUGCGCGGCGAGCGCGGCGGACGUCCCGAGCGAGGACGAGCAGGCGUGCGAGGCGGCGGGCGAGGACGACCCGCUCAACUGGCAGAGCCUGGUGAGCCGCGAUGUACUGUCCACACUCACGCCGCAGGAGAUCAAGAGACAGGAAGUCAUCAACGAGUUGUUCUACACGGAGCGGGCCCACUUGCGCAUGCUGAAGGUUUUGGACGGCGUGUUCUACCAGCGGCUCAGCAGGGACGCCAUUUUACCUCCGGACGACAUUAAGAGCAUCUUCACCAACCUGGAGGACAUCAUUCAGCUGCACGUUUCCUUCACGGAGCAAAUGGCGGCGAUCAGGAAGAGGAGCGAGACGUCUGUCAUCGGUCAUAUCGGAGAGGAUCUCUUGGCCUGGUUCAGCGGUGAGGAAGAGGAGAAGAUAAGACGUGCGGUGGCAACGUUUUGCAGCAACCAGCCGUCUGCGUUGGAGCUCAUCAAGAGCAAGAAGAAGAAGGACCAGAGAUUCACCUUGUUCAUGCAGGCGGCCGAGAGCAACCGCCUGUGUCGUCGUCUGCAGUUGAAGGACAUCAUUCCCGUGGAAAUGCAGCGAGCCACCAAGUACCCGCUUCUCUUGGAGAAGAUUGCCAAGUACACAGAGGACGACGAUGAAGCGGACAAGGUGAAAAAAGCCGGGGAAUGCUGCAAGCAAAUCCUCAACCACGUCAACCAGGCGGUCAAAGAGGCUGAGAACAAGCAGAGGCUGCUGGACUAUCAGAGAAGGUUGGACAUCUCGUCGCUAAAACCCAACGAGAACCCGCUGAUCCUGGAGCUGCGCAAUCUGGACCUGACCAAGAGGAAGAUGGUCCACGAGGGACCGCUCUCGUGGAAAGUCAACAAAGACAAGAGAAUUGAUCUAUACACGCUGCUGCUGGAGGAUAUCCUGGUGCUGCUGCAGAAGCAGGACGAGCGUCUGCUGCUCAAGUUCCACAGCAAGAACGUGGCGACAAGCGCCGCCGACUCCAAGCUCAGCUUCAGCCCCGUCAUCAGACUCGGCACCGUGCUCGUCCGACCCGUCGCCACCAACAAAAAGUCCUUCUUCGUGCUCUCCAUGUCGGAAAACGGCGCGCAGAUCUACGAGCUGACGGCUCAGAGCGUGUCCGACCAGAGGACGUGGCAGUGUCUGAUCACACAAUGCGCCGACGCGAUCAAGGCCAAUUCUCACAGCAGCGACACGCCUACGACGCCAACCCAAGGUGAGCAGGACGCUAUUGAGAUCAUAAACUGUGAGAUGGACAAGCCCAGCAAAGACGGCAACGACACUUCAGAAUCAUCUGACAUUCCGGCUGCCCCCACAACAAACCCGUUUAACGGCAGCAAGUCGGAGGACGAGGAGGAGGCCGACGAGGAAGCGGAGGAGGAGCGGGAGGAGGGCGCGGCAUCUGUAGCAGAAAGACAGCAAGGAGAGGAAGAGGAGCGAGAGGUGGAUGAGGAAGAGCUGGAGGCCUUCCUGGACGCUCAGCUGGAGGAGGACGAGGACGAGGAGGCAGAGGCGUCGUCCUCGUCUUUGGGCUCGCCGUCCUCGUCCUCCAAAGCCGAAGAAGCUCUCAGGACGCUGGUGAUGCUGAAGCAGCUCCUCUUCAACCACAUGAUGAAGGACGACUCAGAAGACGACGAGAAGAAAAAGAAGACCCCCCCGUGUCAGCCCACUUCCUCGCCCGACGAGGGACCUUCCGCCGUUUGCGUUGAUGGCGGCUCGUGCCAAAGCUUCCGAAAAGGCGACACCCUCACCGAAGCCAACGACGCUCUCAAUCCGGGCGGAGGUUGCGAGGUGGGCGAGGCGGAGGACGGCGACGGCACGGACGCGAUGGACAUGAGUAAGCUCCUGUCGUCGGAGAACGGCGGCCGACCCAACCUCAGCAGACGCCUCAUGACGCACCUGCGCCUCCUGCAGGCUGACCUGCAGUACCUCAAGGAAGUGGAGCUGAAGUACAAAGAGCUGCACGGGACGCCGACUGACACGCCAACAGACUCUGACAACGACGGGCUUCAUUGAAGACACCCUUGCUGUUUUUCUACCACUUUUUGGGUCCUGAAUGCAAUAUUUUUUUCCUCUCUCACUGCUGUCAAGCCACUGAACACUGAAGUCACGUGAUAUUAUUCAUUAUGGACAAUACCACUGCAGUUCUUUAUAUUUUUAUUUUUUACACUGGACACUCGCCAAGUACAAAACCUCGUGUAUGCGACUCCAUGCUAAAUGCUUCUCUAGCUUUGGGUACAUUAUUAUUAUUAAAAAUAAAACAUUCACAGGCUGUAAGACUGCAUGUGACAAUUUGUAGCUUUUUUCACCCUUUAAAGAAAUUUUGAUUAUAUUAAAAAAAAAAAAAAAAAUUAUGUAAACCUUUAAACGAAAUUGUUGUUAAAAGUCUUGUAAAUUAACUUAAGAUGAGAAUGUUUCUAUCAGGUAUUCAUGUUGUAACACGCAAAAAGAAGCUAAUGUACUCACGCAGUAUUAAUCAUCUUUUAGUUGUUGUUUUUUAACAAUGUUGUAUUUAUUUUUCUGUGUGCAAUGUACAUCGUCUCCUGUUAAAUAAAAAGACAAGGAUA